ACUGUCCCCCUCAAAAUGGCGAACGUCGCCGCUGCAGCUGCCGCCGCCGCAGCCGCCGCUAUCGCCGCCAACAGAGAUCCAGCCGUCGACCGGUCGUUACGGUCCGUGUUCGUGGGGAACAUCCCGUAUGAAGCCACAGAGGAGCAGCUCAAAGACAUAUUUUCUGAAGUGGGACUCGUUGUGAGCUUCAGGUUAGUAUAUGACAGGGAGACAGGCAAGCCGAAGGGAUAUGGCUUCUGUGAAUAUCAGGACCAGGAGACGGCCCUCAGUGCCAUGCGGAACCUGAACGGGAGAGAGUUCAGCGGUCGAGCUCUCCGUGUUGACAAUGCAGCCAGUGAGAAAAACAAGGAGGAGCUCAAAAGUAUGUGUUUGGGGACAGGAACCCCUAUUAUUGAGUCGCCUUAUGGAGACCAUGUGCAGACAGAGGAGGCCCCGGAGUCCAUCAGCAGAGCCGUGGCCAGUCUGCCUCCAGAGCAGAUGUUUGAACUCAUGAAACAGAUGAAGCUGUGUGUGCAGAACAGUCCCCAGGAGGCGAGGAACAUGCUGCUGCAGAACCCUCAGCUGUCUUACGCUCUGCUGCAGGCCCAGGUGGUCAUGCGGAUCGUCGACCCUGAGAUAGCCUUGAAAAUGCUCCACCGUCAAACCCAAGUCCAGUCUCUGGCUCCCAGCGCACAGAGUGGAGGAGGGCCGCCGAUCAAUCCACCUCCUAUACAACCCAGCAUGCCAGUGUCUCAGCCCCAGCCUCUGCCUGGAAUGCAUGUUAAUGGAGCCCCUCAGAUGAUGCAGCCCCCCAACAUGGGUGCUGUCGCAGGACCAAUUCCUGGACCGGGUCCGGGACCUGGAACAGGACCAGUCGGACCUCCAGGACCAGGUGGGAUCCCCCCCAGAGGCCUGCUGGGGGAUGGUCCUAAUGACCCCAGAGGGGGAACUCUGCUGUCUGUCACUGGAGAGGUCAUAGAACCCAACCGCGGCUACAUGGCUGCUCCACCACAACACCAAGCCCCACCUGUACACAUGUCCCCGAUGGCAAGUGGCCCCCCUCCAGAUAUGAGAGGACCCCCGAUGGACAUGAGGGGCCCACCUAUGGGUGAACCCCGGAACAUGAUUGGUGACCCAAGAGGGCCCCCGAUGAUGGAGCAACGGGGACCUCCGAUGGAAACCAGAGGUCGCGACCCGAGGGCGAUGGAUACUCGUGGGCCAGUUGCUGCGCAGAGGGUUCCCAUGGCAGGGCCAAUGCAAGGCCCCCCCUCUCACAGCAUGGGUCCUAACGCUCCUCCACCUGCAAGACCGGGUUCUGGUGCUCCUCCAUCGGGCGGCGGCUUCAGUCCGGGUCAGACUCAGGUCUCCACACAGGACCAGGAGAAGGCCGCCCUGAUCAUGCAGGUACUGCAGCUGACCCCUGAACAGAUCGCCAUGUUGCCCCCAGAGCAGCGGCAGAGCAUUCUCAUCCUCAAAGAGCAGAUUCAGAAGACUGCGGGGGGUGCACCGUGAAGACCCGACGUACAAAGACCCUCGUCAGGGCUCAACACGGACCCUGUCCCCUGCAGCUUCAACACAUCUGAAGAUUCCUUUUCUUACAGUCGUUGUAUAGUUUUUUUUAUCAUAUGGUUUGUUUUCUGUAGGAAAGAGUCAAGUUGGAGCUUGUGGAUUCAAGAAUAAGCAAAACUUGUGAGCGGAUAAUGUUGAAAAAUGUAAGUUUAAUUCGUUUCCCCC